UGUCUGCCUGACAGAGAAGAACACUCCACCUCACAUCUGUGAUAUCAACAAAGAAAGCCAUGGCAUCCAAAGGUGCCAAAGAAAGCCUUGUGUCCAAGUUGGGAUUUAAAUCCAACAGCUCUGGCUCAAAGGCCGAGGCAGAGCUGGAGAGGGUCCGCAAGGAGAAUGCUCACCUGAGGAAAAAGAUUGACGAGCUGGCCAAACGGCACAUCAAGUCACCUGACUCAGACAAGAGCAAGCUGCUGGAGAGGAUUCUGUCCCUCGAGACGCUGCGCGAGAGGAACAACCAGCAGCUCCUGGUUAAAGAGCACGAGCUGGAAACUCUGAGACAACAGCUGUCAGCUAAGGGAGGAGAGGUGGUGGCUUCGCUGCAGGCCCAGCUGGAGCAGCGCAGGAGAGAGGCAGAACAGAGAGAGGCGAUGUUCCAGAGCUUGUCACAGGAAACGGAGAAUCUGAAAAACAAGCUGGCCACAGUUUCUGCUCGUUGUCAGUCCCUGGAAAUGCAGACCGCGAACAACCAGGGACCUUCGGGAGAGUUGGUCCAGCUGCAAGAUCAACUCAAAGAUGCUCUUGAGAAGAACCAGCAGUGGCUGAUGUACGAUCAGCAGAGGGAGGUCUACGUUCAGUCGGUCGUUGCCAGAACAAUGGAGCUGGAGCAGCAGCUGGCCCAGGCUAAGCAGCAGGAAAGCAAAGCAGAACCCAGCUCUGAGGCAGCUUCAAGCAACAGUCAAGCUACAGAGAAACAAUCCGACCUGAAAAAGCACUAUGAGCAAUUGCUUUUAGGUAUGCAGAAAGACCUGGAGAGCCAGAAGGAUCAGACUGCCAAAGCUCAGCAGGAGCUGAAUGCUCAGAAGGAACAGACCUUGAAAGCUCAGGCCGAGCUGCGGCGUCAGAGGGAACAGGUCAGCGGAGUCCAGGAGGAGACCUGUGCUCUGCAGAGGAAGUACGAGGACAAGUGUAGCGAGUUGUCUGCCUUUCUGAGGAAAUACGACGAGCAGGGCAAGGAGCUGGACGAGGCCCGGAAACAGCUGCAGGCCGAACGGCUUGGCAACAGACAUGCAGCGCACGAGGAAAGGAAGGUGUCAUCAGAGAGAGCAGACCGGAUGAGGGCCGAUCUGGAGAGGAUGGAAAACCGACUGGACGAGGAGAAAAAGAGAUCCGCUGAGCUUCUGGAGCAGGUAAAUAUGCUGCAGAAGUCUCUCAUUAAGGAAAACGAGGAACGGAGGAGAAUCGCUGCUCUGGAACAACAGAUCCAGCUCUCCGCCAAGGACUUUGAGAAUGAAAAACUUGAUCGUCAGAGCAUGCAGAAGCAAUUACAGAAAGUGCUGGAAGAGCUUCGAAAAGCCCGUGAUCAAAUUGCUAAACUGGAAUCUGCUAAGCAGCUAAGUUCCCGCUUUUCAGAGCCCAGCUCGUAUGAUAACCUGGAGUUUGGGCGUCUUGCUAUUAACGACCCCACAUCGCCAUCUAAGGUCAUCAGCCUCCUGGACGAGAGCUUCCUGGAGUGUCCCAAGUGUCAGGCUUCCUAUCCAACCAGUCGCCACAGAGAACUCCUGAGCCACAUGGACUACUGCUUUGCCUGAACAGGCCGGCCACAUCAGUAUUUCUGAAUAUUAUCCAAGAGGGAUAGCUGCAUAUGCUUUUUUUUGAAUGUACUUAUUCCAAAACAUAGUGCUUGCUGUUGGCUAAAAAUAUGGAAAUAUGAUUAUUUCCACUCACUUAGAAGGCUUGUUGAUAAUCAGCAGCUAUUUUUUUAUUUUUUGUUUUCCAGUCAUAAAUCCAGUCAUAAAUUCAUCACUCCAGUUAUGCUAACAAUGACCUGUCCAUUUUACCUACAAUGGAAGAAUAAUAAGCUUUGAUAAGAUGUCUUGUCUCUACAGUACAUCAUAUAUCAGAGAAUAUCAGAGGAAAACUUUACAUUCUGACAGUUUUAAAUGUAGAAAGAAGGGACUUGAAUGACAGUUUACGCUUUUAUAGCAAAUAAUGUUAUUAUUUAACAGACGUACACUUGAUAAUCUUCUAUGCAUUUGGUCUGAAAUGUCUUUUUAUUUACUCCAGUUGCUUUUUUUUUUAAGCCAUAGCACUGAUCAUAGACAGAAAACUGGUGGAGGGCUUUCUCCUAUAUCUAGAUUUUAGCUGAUAUAGUUUUAUUUUUUUUGUUCAGAUUUUUAUUUUUGUUUUAUGUUAGUAUUUAUUCUUGGGGAUCUUAUAAGAAAGUAAUGAUUUUUUUAUUUUUUUCUUGUUAAUUAUGUGUAUUUAGCAUGGCCUAAUCAUGGGGUAUCCUCUUUCUAUUUACAAACCUGUGAGAGUUUACCGAUUAACGUUGUACCAGAUUCUCCAAUCAAUCAAACUUCCAUAAAUGGAUUAUUUUCCACUCCCAAGUUUCAAUAACUUCACCUGAGGUUCCAAUGUGUUGUCGAUGCUGGUUUAUCUUGUGUUAAGUAGCAAAAGUGCAGCUGUGAUUGUCUACCAUUUUAUAGUAUUUAUGUGAGGGACAAGAUGAGGUAAAUUUCUACACUCCAGCUGUUAUUGGCUAUUUUCAACUUCAUUAACUGGUGAUUACAGUUAUCAGCAAAUGUCCAUCUAAUUAACAGGAUGUUUAUUACGGUAGUACUGCUCUAAUGCCGCAGCAGCAGUCUGGUCGAGCCCGUUUCAUUCACACACUUGGAUGAACAUUGCUGAACCCUGACUAAGAUUUUUCCCCCUUACUCCUAGUUUUUAUUUGCGUCAACCUAACCAGACCUUAAACAUGUAGGCGCGCUGAGCUUAACCGCUCACAUGUGUCGGGUUGUCUGUGCAUUCCUCUCUCCAAUCACCACCUUGACUUUUUAAACCUGCAGCCCUUUAAGGCAGGGAGGGAUUGCACGAGUUAAUUCCUUGUACUAAACCAUUUACAGCGGGGAUUACUAAAGGUCUCCUUGUUGGGAGAAAGGUGUGUUUAUUCCUGCGGGCUUGGCAGUAUAACCAAAUAGACUUAAGGCGGACAGACGUUGCUGUGAUUCCAAUCUUUUGGGUAGCUUCUUUUCUACUUGCACUGUUUGUAUUUUAGUAGAGUCCCAUCAGGCAGCCAUGUUUUUUUUGUUUUUGUUUUUUUUUUUACCAGUUGACGAUUUGAAGUGUUCUUUGGUGCAUCCUAAUUAUGUGUUCCUGAAUCAUGUUGUUGUGCUUAAUACUGUCCACGAACGUGCAAUAAAAGUGUAAACCUCCACCCAGAA